AUUCCAAAUGCAUGUCUAAUGGAUAUAGAGUGCACUAGAUAGGAUGUAGGCGCUAUGCUUGUGUAGUGCACAAACAAAGGGAGGAGGGAGCCGUUUAGAUACAGCCUCCCUAACGUUCGAACUGGCUAGCGGGGUAUAUUCCCCAAUGUAGGCUAGCUUGCUGAUGUGGGGGGAAAAUUAGUAUAUUAAAUUUGAUUGAUCCUGUAGUUUACUGUUUACUGAUGUUCUAAUGUAGUUCAUGUGUUCAUUCGACUAUCCAGCGAGCUAGCCACCUAUAGUUUCUGAAAACAGAAGGCGGAUCUUGUUUAUUUUUGUGUCACUCCAGGAUAAAGGAUAAAGUGAAGCCAUGAGCGAGUUCAGGAUACACCACGAUGUGAACGAGCUGCUCAGCCUCCUUCAUGUCAGAGGAGUUGAUGGGGCCGAGGUGUACAUCGACUUACUGCAGAAGAACAGGACUCCUCAUGUUACCACAACAGUGUCUGCACACAGUGCUAAGGUGAAGCUUACAGAGCACUCUAAAACCCCUGAGGACUUCUUGAGGAAAUAUGAAGAGCUGAAGUCCAAAAAUGCACGCAACUUGGAUCCUCUGGUUUAUCUCCUCUCAAAGCUCACUGAAGAUAAAGAGACUCUCAAAUUUCUGCAGCAGAAUGCUAAAGAGAGAUCAGACAUGUCAGCGAACACGACAUCGAGUAGUACAACGUCCUUCAGUAUUCCCCCAACCAGUAGCAAGAUGUCAAUGCAGGAGCUGGAGGAACUGCGCAAAAAGCUCGGGAAUGUCACAGCCAGCUCCAACGUUCCACAGUCUGCUGAGGCCACCCGCAAGCUACUAAGAGACAGACACAACAAGAAGAACCCCACACAACCUAUUCCCGUCUUCCCAAACUGGGUGUAUGACAGACCUUCGCUGAUCGGAGAUUUCAUCACUAGUUCUGCACCAACAGGAGAUCCAGUCGUGGCUAUCGGUACAAUGCCGCUGACUGUGCAGGAGCAAGCUCUGGUUGAGGAUCUGCUGUAUGUACUGAUUGGAGUGGAUGGGAGAGACAUCACAGCACAGCCUGUGCUCGGCAGACAGAGUCGUUCUUUUAUAGUAGACCCUUCUCUAGACAUGUCCAUUAAAGAGCUUGUGAACCGAAUAUUACCAGUGGCAUCCUGUUACUCUACUGUCACACGCUUCACAGAGGAGAAGUGUUCCUUUGAGUAUGGUCAGGUGAACCACGCACUUACUGCAGCCAUGAGGACACUAAUGAAGGAGUACCUCAUCCUGGUGACCCAGCUAGAGCAUCUUCACAGGCAGGGCAUGCUCUCGCUACAGAAACUCUGGUUCUACAUCCAGCCCACCAUGCGCACCAUCGAGGUUCUGGCCUCCAUCGCCACCUCAGUGGACAAAGGAGAGUGUAUGGGUGGCUCAACGUUAAGUCUGCUUCAUGACCGCACCUUCAACUAUACUGGGGACAGCCAGGCUCAAGAGUUGUGUCUCUAUCUGACCAAAGCAGCCAGUGUCCCCUACUUUGAGAUGCUGGAGAAAUGGAUCUACCGGGGAAUCAUCAAGGAUCCAUACGGUGAGUUCAUGGUUGAGGAACACGAGCUUCAGAAAGAGAAGAUCCAAGAGGACUAUAACGACAAAUAUUGGGAUCAGCGAUACACCAUUGUGCAGCACAAAAUCCCAUCUUUCCUUCAAAAAAUGGCAGAUAAAAUACUAAGUACAGGGAAGUACCUGAACGUGGUGAGGGAGUGUGGGCGAGACGUGACCUGUCCAGAUGCAAAGGAAGUUCUCUACACUCUAAAAGAGAGAGCAUAUGUGGAACAAAUUGAAAAAGCCUACAACUAUGCCAGUAAGGUUCUCCUGGACUUUCUUAUGGAGGAGAAGGAGCUGGUGUCACGGCUGAGGUCCAUCAAGCACUACUUUCUGAUGGACAAGGGAGACUUCUUUGUGCACUUCAUGGACCUUACUGAAGAGGAGCUGAAGAAACCUGUUGAUGACAUUAUCCCUUCUCGCUUAGAAGCACUGCUGGAGCUGGCUCUGAGAACGAGCACGGCCAACACGGAUCCCUUCAAAGAUGAUCUAAAGAUUGACCUGAUGCCCCAUGAUGUCAUUACUCAGCUACUGCGCGUCCUGGCCAUAGAAACCAAGCAGGAAAAAGCCAUCAUCAACGCUGACCCCACUGAGGUGGCUCUCAGUGGCCUCGAGGCGUUCUCUUUCGACUACAUUGUCAAAUGGCCGCUGUCACUUAUAAUCAACCGGAAAGCACUGACAAGAUAUCAGAUGCUGUUCAGACAUAUGUUUUAUUGCAAGCAUGUCGAGAGGCUCCUCUGCAACGUUUGGAUCACCAACAAGUCGGCCAAGCAGUACUCCCUACACUCUGCUAAAUGGUUUGCUGGAGCAUUUGCUCUCAGGCAGCGCAUGCUAAACUUUGUACAGAACAUCCAGUACUACAUGAUGUUUGAGGUCAUGGAGCCCACAUGGCACAUCAUGGAGAACAACCUGAAAUCGGCGUCUAAUAUCGACGACGUUCUCUGCCAUCAUACCAGUUUCUUGGAUAACUGUCUGAAAGACUGCAUGCUGACCAACCCUGAACUGCUGAGGAUCUUCUCCAAGCUUAUGUCUGUGUGCGUCAUGUACACCAACUGCAUGCAGCGAUUCACCCAGAGCUUGAGGAUGGACAGUGAGAUAAACCGAUUAAGCCUGGAACAUGGCACCAUGGAGGGUCCUCCAACACCGAGUGAGCGCACUGAGGAGGCUGAGAAGAAAAGACUGGCCUCCAAGUUUUUAGCUGAGCAUGUCGAUUCCCUGCAGUCAGACUCAGGCUUUGAAGGCACCAUCAGUAAGUUUGACAGUAACUUUAGCACGCUGUUGUUGGACCUGUUGGACAAGCUGAGCAUUUACAGCACCAAUGACUGUGAACACAGCAUGAUCAACAUCAUCUACAGGCUCGACUUUAAUGGGUUCUAUACCGAGCGUCUGGAGAAAAUGGCCAUCGAGAGGGGUCAGAAGGCUGCCACGUAACACUCUGCUACACAAGGACCUUUAUAAAGUCCACAUCAGGCAGCAAUAAGGGGCUUAAUGGCAUGUUCUGCCCCUUGUUUUAAAACGAACACACUGUACCCAUCACAUCAACUUAAUAGUCUAUUCAGAAGAGUUGUACUUUUCAAUAACAGCUCAGCCAGGGCUGACCAGUGGUGUGUCUUUAUUCUUCCACAGGACAUGUAGCAGUGUUGUGCUAUAAUAUAAGCAAUUCUUUUAAGAAAUACUGGAUUCUAACAUAAUGAGCAGUGUUUGUGGUGUUUGUAUUUAUAUCUGAUUUCUUUUUCUUCCCUUUUAACUCUCAGCCCAAUAAACUCCAGUGUUAGUGUUAUCAUGUCCAUACACUUAUGGUUCAUCUGAUGGCAACGUUUGCACACUUUAUUGCUAGAAAUGUUGCUGUGACCCUAAGCUUUAUUUUUGAAGAAAUGUUCUCAAAGUAUGGCUUGCUAAAGUAAGACAGGGCCUGUGAUUUACAGUGUAAGGUUUACAGUGUAAAAACACAAUCAUUUAUUACCUGAUGCUCAAACUGAAUAAAACCUAGGGUUAAAAUAGGUACAGUAAAAAAAUUAUAAUGAAAUAAAUACAAUAGAACGAUAUAAUUACAAAACUAUGUGGCAUAUAAAUUCUAUUAGAGAAAGUGUGCCGAUAAGCCUGAGGUUCGGUCAGUGUUACAGUUCAUCCCAAAGGUGUUCAGUGGGGUUGAGGUCAGGGUUCUGUGGAGUUCUUCUACUCUGUCCUUGGCAAACCAAGGCUUCAUAGAGUUGGCUUUGUACCCUUGGGCAUCGUCAUGUUGGAACAGGUUUGGGCCUCUUAAUUCCAGGGAAGGGAAAUUGUAAAGCUACAGCAUACAAAGACAUCCUGUACGAUUGUGUGCUUCCAACUUUCAGAAGAACCAUGUAUGGGUGUGAUGAUCAUGUAUCUAAAAUCGUUUGAUCUUGUAGUGUUUUAAUGCAAUAGACAUACUCAAUAGCAUGAAGAAAGAAAUAGAUGUGUGUUAAUAAUAAACUCUCAACUUAGGGCAAAUCUUUAAAUGAAUUCAUUUUCUGCUUGUUGUAAAUUAUUAAUAAGAUUCAGGAGGGGGAAAUGCAGCAACCAGGAAACAGGUUCGAAGUACGCUAGAUCUCGUGUUAUUUACAUGCACAGCUCUGGGUGGUGUUUAACCUAUGUCAUGUAUAUUUCUUUCCCUUAUUCCGAAUGACAAAAAAAUGUAUUGUAUUGUACAUGUUACCUAUUUUUGGAAAACGACCUUUAUCUGUAAAGGAUGGUGUUCAAUAAAGCUGUUUGUAUUGACCUUGA